AAACAGUCUUUGCGUGUGUGUGAGAGCUUGUUUCAGUCCCGGCAAGAGAGUGAGCCACAGAAGUUUUGAGCUGACAAGCUGAGGGGGGGACCGUCUCCUCACCUCCUUCUCUCUUUCGCUGUUUUACUCUCUUUCCCUCUCUACCUCCUCCUCCUCCUCUCCCUCUCUCUCUCUCUUUCUCUCUCUCUACUUCCCCGUGUGUUUGGAUUACCACCAUCAGGACUAGUGACCAGCACCAGCAGCUGACUCGGGUCCUCACCUGUUGGAUUGGGACCCUGGGACUGCUAUCCCUGUGACUGUGACUGAGGGGUGCGGGGCCAGUGUGUGGGGGGGCGGGGGCGAGUGGAUGUCUUCAGUGGACGCCGGGGGUCUGGCGGGUGGCGUGAGGAGCCGGGGGGAGCAGCAUGACCCCCCUGCAGUGAGAGACGGGUGCCUAGAGGAGGGAUUUGGCAAAUCGAUCGUCAUGUGCACACGGACGGACGCGGACGGCUCACUGUUUGAGGAGGAGGAGGAGGAGGAGGCCGAAGGCUGCGAGGCGCAGGAGUCGGACAGAGACAGCGCCAUCGAGAGCGUCCCCGGCUCCGAGAGCUCGGAAGGAGGACGGUCCACUGAGGGACUUGUCCUCUUCUUCCCCGAGGACAAGUCAGUCCCCUCGAUCCGCACUCACACGCAGUUGAGGCGUGGCCAGAUGAACCCUUCGGUGACCUCCGACCUCUCCACGCUCUCCUCGGUGUCACUGAACGAGGAGCAGUUUGAGGACUACGGCGAGGGCGAGGAUGUGGAGUACGCUCCCAGCAGCCCAGACGACGAGACCCGUACCAACGGCCACUCAGACCUCGGCUCCUCAGUGCCCUCCAGUGCGGGCCAGACCCCUCGUCGGAUGCGGCAGCAGUUCAGCGGUGAGCAGACGGGUGUCUACUGCUCCCAGUGCUGCAAGAAGGUCAACCUGCUCAACGACCUGGAGGCUCGCCUCAAGAACCUCAAGGCCAACAGCCCCAACAGGAAGAUCUCCAGCACUGCAUUUGGAAGGCAACUCCUCCAACACAGCAACAUCAGCAGCAGUAACGGGAGCACAGAAGACUUGUUCAGAGACAGCAUCGACUCCUGUGACAUCGACAUCACUGAGAAGGUGACGUACCUGGAGAAGAAGGUAGCUGAGCUGGAACAUGACAAUCUGAUGAAUGGGGAUGUCAAGUCCAAACUGAAACAAGAGAACAUCCAGCUGGUUCACCGGGUACAUGAGCUGGAGGAGCAGCUGAAGGACCAGGAGGCGCGUGCGGAGCGCCUGAUGGAGGAGGAGCUGAGGAGACACCGCGAGGCCUACAGCAAGAUGGAGCGGGACAAGAACUCCGAGAUUGAGCACCUCACUAGCCGAGUCCAGCAGCUUGAGGAUGAGAAUGCGGAGAUGACUGUGAACAUGAGCAGGCUGAAAUCUCAGACGGAGAAACUGGACGAGGACAAACAGAGAAUGACCGAUAAACUGGAGGACACCAGCUUACGGCUGAAGGACGAGAUGGAUCUGUACAGGAAGAUGAUGGACAAGCUGAAACAGAAUCGGCAUGAAUAUCAGAAAGAGAAGGAUGCCAUGCAGGAGCUGAUCGAGGAGCUGCGGCGGGAGCUGGAGCACCUGCAGUUCUACAAGCUGGAGGCGGAGAGGCUGGGCCGCGUGCGCACCUCCUCCUGCGGCUUCUCCGACCUCAACACCCGCAGCCGCGAGGCCGAGCUGGAGCUGGAGGUCAAGAGACUAAAACAGAGGACCGUGCCCCAGGACUUGCCCUCUGAGCUGCAGCACCUUAUGUCUGCUGGGGCCAGGCUGCGUCCCAGUCUCCUGGAGAAUCAGAAGAUGCGGGAGCAGAACGAGGAGCUGAACGGGCAGAUUCUCAGCCUCAGUCUCCAUGAGGCAAAGAACCUGUUCGCCACCCAGACAAAAGCCCAGUCCCUGGCUGCAGAGAUAGAUAGCGCCUCCCGAGAUGAGUUGAUGGAAGCCCUCAGAGAACAGGAAGAGAUCAACAUCCGUCUCAGGCAGUACAUGGACAAGAUCAUCCUGAACAUUCUGGACCAUAACCCCUCCAUUCUAGAGAUCAAGGACUAGCAGCACCAGUUGGAAAGGAGAAGAGGAAGCUACACUGGACAUAUAGCGCCCCCUGUUGUCUGUGCUGGAAUAUGUGAACUGUGCCCGUGCUAGAAAACUGGACGUUUUCCCCACAUGUGGUGGGAGGGGGAAAAAAAAAAAAACGAUUUUAUUUGUGUCUUUGUUACAAUCUGUGAAACUUUUAAAAGAUAGUAAUACCUUUCAUGCACUUUUUCGGAAAGACAUGCUGUCAUUGCCAUUGCUGUAAAUCAACAAAACCAUUGAAGGGGAAAUUACUUACAUGGAAGAAGUAUGGGCAUUUCUAAAGCACGGUACCACGAUCGCGUUGGGACUGAUGGCACAGACAGAAAGAAAUGGAGAGAGAAUGUGUUCAGAGGUGUAAAAGAGAGAAUAGCAUCUCAAUGUUCUGAGAAGUGCUUGGACUGCUGAGUAAAGCACAGAAUGCUGGAUAGAGAGAGAGAGAGAGAGAGAGUUCUCUGUGACGGGCAAGUUGCCAUAGCCAGAGCUAAUGUUUAUGUCACUGUUUUGAGCACGUGUUAAUGAGGGUCAGGGGCUCAAGUUAAGUGCCUGUGGCGGUUGGCAAGGAGACCGGAGAGGUCAGAAACAUGGUCCAUGAAAGUGACGAGAGGAAGAGGAAGGUAAACGUGGAAGUGUAGUCGAGUGCAGUGCGGGUGCAAGGGACUCGCACAAGGCAGCUACAUAUUCUGCCCAGUUUUUUUUUUGGUUCAAAAAUGUUGAAACACGUGAGUGAGCACUUGGUGAGAGUACGUUACUGAAUCACUUUUGAAGGGUUUGAAGGAUGGGUUAUUGACAGAGGCUAUGGACGGUGACAGAGAGUUCUGGAUCAUACACUUGAAUGUACAGUAGAACAGACUAUGUGAAUGUCACAAUGCAGAAACUAUAUAGAGGUUACUUGAACAGAGUUAAUAAGUCUUCAGACUGCAGUGGAGGUUGUCUCUGUAGCUUUCAGUGUGUGUGUGUGUGUGUGUGUGUUCACACAGCGUCAUAAAGUGCGAGCCCAUCUUUUGCUAACUUUGGCUUACGGUGAAGGGAACAUUUUGCCGCCAUCCAAAAUCAUGGUGUGGUUCAUAAGGCACUGCCAGUUAUACACACACACACACACAUGUACACACAAAUUGUUUUCAAAUUGAGGUCAACUUGUUUCUCACCAGCAAAUUACUGUUGAAUCUAUUUUCUUUAUGUGGCUUGUCAUGACUCCUGAUAUGCUAAUAUGGGAAGAUCACCAGACACCAAUGUGGAUAAGUCGAUGGAAAUGUAUCAGGACUUGUGUAACUUUACCAGUGGCUCAAUGACUGUCAAAAAUAAUAACAAUUCCUAAGCAAUGUAGGCUGCAGCCUUUGUGAGAUGAUGAUAUGACCCAGUCACAGUGGGUGGUGAAUGUAUCAUCCAACAUUUCAUUUAUUUAUUUUUUUCAUAGAAAAUGCAUUUCCUGAAUUAACAAAGCCAGUUCAGAGUUCUUUGUUGUGUGACAGUAGUAUAGGGAUAUGACAUUACUGCAAAACAAUGUGGUGUCUAGUUUUGCUUCUUGCACAAAGCAAUUUCUUUUGCAUGUACUUCUGGUGAUUGUGCCUUGCCCCACCCCACCCCACCCCACCCCCAUCUGUUCCGUAUGGGUUGAUUCACGGUUUACCCAGUUAAGAGUACACGGUUCUUUAUGUGUUAGACAUUCAGUGUCUUAACAUUUUUCGUGAGAUGUAAAUGUUGUACAUAUUAGUUCAUUUGUUUUCUACGGUUUCUCAUGAAAAAAAUGGCUGUAGCCUGGAAUCAAGACAAAAAUGAUGAGGCAAUUUCAGGGCUAGCAGUAGUGAACUUGUAGCAGGACAUUCUCGUGGGUGUGUUGGAAGGCAUCAGGACAGGUUCUCCCAAACCUAAAGAUUUUAUAAUAUCUGAUAUCCUCCAGCACUCCCGAAGUUCAAAAAGGGAUAGUCUGACUGCUGCGUUAGUGAUGCUGUUAUCCCUGUUGUACUUUCUUCGGAGUGCGUAGGCUACAUUAUAUCUUUUUUUUUGUCGCUCUUUUCACAUUUCAAAUCAUUUAGGCCUAGGAGACUAAGUUUUAGAGGCGUCGGGCAGUAGUUAGACCUAAGCAAAUGUGCGGUCAACAGAAGACGUUAAACUUGAAGACGGUCAUCUGCAUGGAGUUUGAUUUUUAACCAACAGCCAUUGCUGUUAAUCUCCGGUUAGGUCUAUCUUGUAUUAAGUAAGCUAAGGUUUUUCUUGUGAAAAUAAAUAAUUGCAUAAAUAAAACAUGUUGAGCCAGUAAA